GGUACCUUUUUCUUCUCUCGCUCGCCACAUACGGCUAUGGCCCUGCGCUAGACACGCACCUCCGUCAAGGUGUUCCCGUCGCGUUCUCAAAAAUUCCACCGUCCCGAGUGCGUUUCGGACUUUCGGCCGCUGCCCGUGGAUACUUUUCACAUUCGGGGACGCUUUCGUGACUUCAGCCGAGUGAUUGUGUAGUGAAUUUCACGGAUAUUGGCCCCGCUCUGGCCGUUCGCUGGUCCAGCCAGCCUCCACCACCACCGAGUUUUGCCCUCAGGCGGAGAAGGUUGAAUAUGGGAGGCGCGGCGCCCCUGCACAGGAGCACGCGCACGCAACCCGUGGCGCAUGGCUGCUGACGAGCGGACCUGCUGCCCACCCCCGAGCCCUGCCUCCGACCGGAGGCGGUGGCGGGUCAUGACUGUCCGAUGGCGGGCGCCGAGCGCGUCGCACUGUCUGCUGCUUCUAGUCAUUUCGGCGUGCUGCUCGCCAGUCCUAGCCAAGAGGAGCAACCACCACAACAACAGCGGCACCCAGAACACCAACCACCUCACCCCGAAUGCCGCCCCCAGCCCCCCGCACCAGCAGGCGCCGCAGGUCUCCGUCAGUGCGGAGAGCGGCGGCUCAGAGUUUCUCAAAGGGAAAAUUUGUAUUGGAACGAAUGGAAGAAUGUCGGUGCCCUCGAAUCGAGAGCACCAUUACCGCAAUUUGCGCGACCGGUACACGAACUGCACAUACGUGGACGGCAACCUGGAACUGACCUGGCUGCAGGACGAGGACCUCGACCUGAGUUUCCUCAGCCUGAUCCGCGAAGUGACCGGCUACGUGUUGAUCUCGCACGUCGACAUCAAACGCAUCGUCCUGCCCAGUCUGCAAAUCAUCCGCGGGCGGACGCUGUUCAAGCUGAACGUCCACGACGACGAGUUUGCGCUGCUCACCACCCUGUCCAAGAUGCACAACCUGGAAUUGCCCGCCCUUAGAGACAUCCUGGCCGGCAGUGUGGGCAUGUUGAACAACUACAACCUGUGUCACAUCAAGACGAUCAACUGGGACGAGAUCAUCACCGGCCCGAACGCCCGCUACGUCUACGCCUACGACUUCCCGAGCCCCGAACGCAAAUGCGCCCCGUGCCACGAAAGCUGCGAAGCUGGAUGCUGGGGUGAAGGACCGGAAAACUGCCAACGCUUCUCCAAGAUCAACUGCAGCCCUCAGUGCCACCAGGGCAGGUGUUUCGGGCCCAAACCCAGGGAGUGUUGCCAUCUUUUCUGCGCCGGAGGUUGUCUUGGACCGAAGCAGAGCGAUUGUCUCGCUUGCCGCAAUUUUUAUGACGAAGGCACCUGCAAGCAGGAGUGCCCGGCCAUGCAACGUUACGAUUCCAUAACCUACUCGUGGGUGACAAACCCUGCCGGAAAGUACGCCUACGGAGCCACCUGUGUCAAGAACUGCCCUGAGCACCUUCUGAAGGACAACGGCGCCUGCGUUCGAUCCUGUCCGUUGAACAAGAAGGCCGUCAAUGGCGAGUGCGUCCCUUGCGACGGACCCUGCCCCAAAACCUGUCAGGGUGACAUUUCUGUCCACUCAGGCAACAUUGACACUUUCAAAGACUGCACCGUCAUCGAAGGCUCUCUGACCAUCUUGGAUCACACCUUCUCAGGGUAUCAGCACAUUUACGACAACUUCACCUUCGGCAAGCGCUACGCGGGAAUGCACCCUGACCGACUGGAGGUCUUCAGCACCCUGAAGGAAAUCACUGGAUACAUGAAUAUCCAGGCGUUCCAUGAAUCUUUUACCAAUCUCUCAUACUUUAGAAAUCUGGAGUACAUUGGCGGUCGCACACUGACUGAAAUGUUUGCUGCGUUGUACAUUGUCAAGACUUCACUCAAGUCAUUGGGCUUGAGGUCCCUGAAGAAGGUUUCUUCUGGCGCCGUUUCCAUCAUCGAAAAUAGAGACUUGUGUUUCGCCGACGGCAUCAAUUGGCAGUCCAUAAAGAAAUCGGUUGAACACGAAAUCCUCCAUUCCAACAACAAAGACCCAAAAGCUUGUGAGAGGGAAGGCCUAGUUUGUGACAAAGAAUGUUCCAAGGAUGGAUGCUGGGGUCCAGGCAACGAAAAUUGCUUAUCUUGUGCCAAUUACCAAAUGGGAAGCAAGUGCAUUCACGACUGUGAAUCAAUUCAAGGGAUUUACAAAGACAACUCCAAAAUCUGCAAACUCUGCCAUCCCGAGUGUCAGGACACUUGCAAUGGUCCGGGUCCAGGAAACUGCACCCGUUGCAAGAACGUCCGUGAUGGUCCAUUCUGCACCCAGUCAUGUCCAGACAGCAAGUACAUCUCGCCGAGCAAUGAGUGCAAAGAGUGUCACGCCAACUGCGUGUACGGCUGCGAUGGGCCCGAAAACACAAUAGGCAAGAAUGGAUGCGUCUCCUGCGAAAAGGCCAUCAUAGGAGAUGUCAAUGUGGAGAGUUGCCUGCACAAAAACGAGUCUUGUCCCGAAGGCUACUUUUACGAAUGGGUCGGACCUCAAGAACAGGGUCCUCUCAAGCCCUUGGCCGGAAAGGCCAUCUGCAGAAGGUGCCACCCUAGAUGCAAGAAGUGCACUGGUUUUGGUUUUCACGUUCAGGUUUGCCAAGAAUGCACCAAGUACAAGAGAGGUGAGCAGUGUGAGGACGAAUGCCCGACGGACCACUUUGUCGACAACGUCACUCAGGAAUGCGUCCAGUGCUCUUUGGAGUGCAGAGGUUGUCGAGGACCAAAAAGCAGUGACUGCUUCAGCUGCCGCAACUACAGGAUCUACCAAGACGGUGUGAAUGGUGACAACACCACAGCUUUCAACUGCACCAGCAACUGCCCGGACAACAUCCCACAUAAGAUCUUCCCACCGUCCGGAGACCCUUACUGCUCUGUUGAAGCUCUGCAGACGACCUUGCAAAUGGGGUCAACUGACAGUUUCACUGCGGUCGUGGCUGCAGUCACGGUUUGCGUUCUGCUGCUCAUUGUUGUCGCUGGAAUUUUCAUCUACCACUGGCAGAACAAGGUCCUGAACAAGGAAAACGCCGUCAAGAUGACACGGGUGUUGGCUGGAAUCGAUCGGGAAGACAAUGAGCCUCUCAGACCGACCAAUGUCAAACCCAACCUGGCCAAGCUGAGGAUCAUCAAGGAGGCGGAGAUGAGGCAGGGUGGCGUCAUGGGCUUCGGAGCUUUUGGCACCGUCUACAAGGGUGUCUGGAUUCCCGCUGGUGAAAAUGUGAAAGUACCUGUGGCGAUCAAGGUGUUGCGCGAGGGUGCCGGCAACAGCACCAAGGAAUUCCUCGACGAAGCCUACAUCAUGGCCAGUGUUGAGCACCCGAACCUGUUGAAGCUUCUGGGCGUGUGCAUGACCUCCCAGAUGAUGCUGGUCACCCAAUUGAUGCCUCUGGGCUGUCUUUUGGACUACGUUAGAAAGAACAAGGACAAGAUUGGCUCCAAGCCUCUGCUCAACUGGUGCACUCAAAUUGCCAAAGGAAUGGCUUAUUUGGAGGAGAAGCGCCUUGUGCACCGCGACCUGGCAGCCAGGAACGUUCUUGUUCAGACGCCUAACUGUGUUAAAAUCACUGACUUCGGUCUGGCCAAGCUGCUGGACAUCAACGAAGACGAGUACAAGGCCGCUGGAGGCAAAAUGCCCAUCAAGUGGUUGGCCCUGGAGUGCAUCCAGCACAGGAUCUUCACGCACAAGAGUGACGUCUGGGCUUUCGGAGUCACUGUGUGGGAACUCUUCACCUACGGAGGCCGACCGUACGAGCACGUCUCGGCCAGGGACGUGCCGGACAUCUUGGAAAAGGGCGAGAGACUGAGCCAACCCAGCAUCUGCACCAUCGACGUCUACAUGAUCAUGAUCAAGUGUUGGAUGAUCGACGCGGACAGCAGGCCAGCCUUCAAAGAGCUUGCCGACGAAUUUGCCAAAAUGAGCCGAGACCCUGGAAGGUAUUUAGUCAUUCAGGGUGACAAGUUGAUGCGCCUUCCAUCCUUCUCGCCGCAAGACCAGCGAGAAAUGAUCCAGAGCCUUUCCUCGGCCAUCGGCGGCUCUGAAGCGGUCGUUGACGCCGAAGAGUACCUGCAGCCGAGUCACUCGAGGGGCAUCGUGCCCAACUCGACCUCGUCCACAAUGUCCGUUGGCAGCGGCUCCUCCCCUCCCAACACCCCCACUAAGAAGUGGUCUGUCGCCGGAAGUGUGGUCGGCGGCGCGGCCUCCAUGGUGGCCGAGUCGCCCAUUCCGCCCAACUGGGACGCCCUGAGGUACGGCGGAAGUCAGCUCAGUUACCCCAGCAGGCACCACAUACCACCCAGCCUGAUGGGCUCGGAAACCACUGACCAGAGCAAAUACUGCACUGACCCCAUGAAGAUGUCUGAUAAAGAUGACUGCUUUGACUCUGCCAUGUCAAUGAGCCGCCAAGCACAAAUCGGCACAAAUUUGACGCUGGACUUGCCCCUCGACGAGGACGACUACCUCAUGCCUCAACCACCUCAGGCGUCUGUAGCCGUGGCUUCAGGCAAUCAGGCCUACAUGGACAUUCUGGACGGAUCCAAAAUGCCUGAAAAUGUGAUUUACACCAACUGUCCGGACUUCAACCCGAUGGCGGGAAAGACAAUCACCAGCGUGGACAAUCCUGAGUACAUCAUCGGUCAAGCCGCACCUCCUGCAGGCAUCGCCAGACCUCCCAUCUCGGACGCCAACUGCGUCGGCCUGCCGAUUGUGGCGCCCAACGGCGGCCUUCCAAGGUACAUGACGACUCAGCGCUCAUCCGAGGAGGAGUCGGACCACGAGUACUACAACGACUUCGACCGGCUGCAGAGGGAACUGCAGCCGCUCAAGCCGCUCAGACGCAACGAAACGACCGUCUGAGUUGUGGACAGAGACCACUUGAUUGUGCCUGUGACUUAAUUUUCCGAAGGGACCACAAGUGUUUAUAUUGAGUGUUUUGAAUUGAGAGGAUUCUUUAUGGUAAUCUUAAAAACGGACCCACGAAAGUGAGCGUGUUCUCCAGUGAGACUUGUGGAGUUUUUGUUAGGGAAUUUAUAAAAAAAAGUGCAAGUCUUGUUGCGGAAUUAUAUUAACUGAAUGAAGAAGUGGUGUUUCGGCCUCUCCGCGAGCCGUCCGGGGCCAAAUUUGUUAAUUUUAUAUAUGACUUCAAAGAUCGUUUGAUAAAUAAUCUUGAUCAUGGCGUGUAACAAAAGAAAAAAAAUUUAAUUAAGUGCCAUGAACAGGUAGUCUGUGAUACUGAUAGAAAUCAUCGUAAUUUUUGUAUUAGUCUUUGGUAAUAAUCGCGCUUCGACACCUUAAUUUCCAAGACAAAUUAAUUCAUUAAAAGCGCGAUCAAGAAAAUUCCCGCAAUUUUCAACGUACAAAAUAAAAGUGUUACUCUCCUCCAAGCAAUACUAAGAAAUUUGUUGCUACUUCAGUCCGAUCAGGCUACUUAAAAUAACACAGUGAAUGAAUAUUUUCCAAAGUAAAACGCUUUGAUCUGAAAUCGUGACAUUCACAAAAAAUAUUUUAUAUAUGAUGUGUCAAAAAUGUUUUGGAGAAAGGAAAUUUUAACGACCAACGAAUUUUAACAUUCUCAACAAUUUCAAUAUUACGUCGUGUGCCAUUCCGUUGUUGUUAUCAAAUUAAUUAAUUAUGCUGCGAGGUUGUGUGUAUAUUUAUGAGUAAAAAAUCUAUUAUAAACAGAGAAAUACUGAUGCCUACUCAUGUAAUUUUUCUAUUGAUGGUUUUGUGACAAACUGAUCUUGAUCUUCCAGCCCGCACACUGGGCCGAUUUUAAUAAUUUUAUCUUUUACAACGUGUAAAUGUGACAUAAAUGUGUAUUUUAUGAAGAAACUUUUAUGGCUCUAUUGUCAUGACUCUGUUGUAUAUAGAAAGCUAUUUCUGUAGAAAAACACAAAUAAAAUUCAUUAAUG